AUUAUUAUGGCAUCCCUUGCUCUGCUCCUUAUCUUUUUUCAAUUUCCACCCUUCUCUCUCUCUCUUGACUCUCUAUGCUCCCAAUUCAAGCGAAUUUCAUUGGUGAGGUGCUGAAUUAGUGAUUAGUGAUGAAGAGGGAUCACGAAGACAGGGGUGGGGUGAGUUCGUCAAUGUCGAACUCGAGCGGGAAGGCGAAGAUGUGGGAGGAGGAGCAGCAACAGGGGGGGAAUGACGAGUUGCUGGCGGCGUUGGGGUACAAGGUGCGUUCCUCGGACAUGGCUGACGUGGCGCAGAAGCUGGAGCAGUUGGAGAUGGUGAUGGGGAGUGCUCAGGAAGAGGGAAUUUCUCACCUGGCUUCCGACACCGUUCACUACGACCCCACCGAUCUCUAUUCCUGGGUCCAAACCAUGCUCACCGAACUCAACCCUCCCCCUAACAACCUCGACCACCUCUUAAUCCAAGACCCCAUCCUCACCCCCUCACGCGUUUUCAAUGACGACUCCGAGUACGACCUCAGAGCCAUUCCCGGCAUCGCCGCAUACCCUCCUCAAAACACCAACAACAACAUCGAAGAAAUCGAGGCCAACAACCACAACAAUAACAACAACAAGCGACUGAAACCUUCUCCAAUUGAAUCCACAGAUUCAGUCUCGGAGCCGACGCGGCCGGUGGUGCUGGUUGACUCGCAGGAAACCGGCGUGCGUCUUGUCCACACACUGAUGGCAUGCGCGGAGGCCGUUCAGCAGAAGAAUCUGAAGCUGGCGGAGGCGCUGGUGAAGCACGUGGGGAUACUGGCGGCGUCUCAAGCCGGAGCCAUGAGGAAAGUGGCUUUCUACUUCGCUCAGGCCCUAGCCCAUCGAAUCUACGGCGCCUUCCCGGAGGAGCCUCUCGACUCUUCCUUCUCGGAUCUUCUCCACAUGCACUUCUACGAGUCCUGCCCCUAUCUCAAAUUCGCGCACUUCACCGCCAACCAGGCCAUUCUGGAAGCCUUCGCCACCGCAGGGAGAGUCCACGUCAUCGACUUCGGCCUUAAGCAAGGGAUGCAGUGGCCCGCCCUCAUGCAGGCACUCGCAUUGCGGCCCGGCGGCCCCCCCACCUUCCGCUUGACAGGAAUCGGCCCGCCCCAGCCCGAUAACACCGACGCGCUGCAGCAGGUGGGCUUGAAGCUGGCCCAGCUCGCCGAGACAAUCGGCGUGCGAUUCGAGUUCCGCGGAUUCGUUUGCAACAGCCUCGCCGAUCUCGACCCGAACAUGCUCGAGAUCCGACCCGGGGAAGCCGUCGCAGUCAAUUCCGUCUUUGAACUCCACCGCAUGCUGGCCCGACCCGGAUCCGUGGAGAAAGUCCUGGACACUGUUAAGAAAAUCAAGCCCAAAAUCAUCACCGUAGUGGAACAAGAAGCCAACCACAACGGGCCGGUUUUUCUCGACCGGUUCACGGAGGCUUUACAUUAUUACUCGAGUUUAUUCGACUCGCUGGAGGGUUCCUCCUCCUCGACCGGGUUGGGCUCACCGAGUCAGGACCACUUAAUGUCGGAGGUCUACCUCGGGAGACAGAUAUGCAACGUGGUGGCUUACGAGGGCGUGGACCGGGUGGAGCGCCACGAGACUCUUACCCAGUGGAGAGGGAGAUUGGGCUCGGGCGGGUUCGACCCGGUCCAUCUCGGUUCCAACGCGUUCAAGCAAGCGAGUACGCUGCUGGCUCUAUUCGCGGGCGGUGAUGGGUACAGGGUGGAGGAAAAUAACGGCUGCCUCUUGCUAGGGUGGCAUACUAGGCCACUCAUCGCCACCUCCGCGUGGAAGCUUCCCUCGAGCGAGUCCUAGUGGGUUCACUCAGUGGGUCCCCCGAGUUAAUUGGACUGUACACUGUAGACUAAUUGGAUCGUGGGAGUGGGAAUGGAAUGGUAAAUGGGUAAAUGGGUAAAGUGGUAAAAAAUGAUGCUUGAUUGAACUUGUUGGAGUGGAGUGAGUAAGAGUGAGCCAGCGUGGCAGGAGGUAUAAAUAAAGUGAGAGGGGGAAAAAUAGAAGAAAAAAAAAAAAGAAGACUGUAAUUUGUAAUUGUACUCCUCGUAAUUACUUUUCUCUCUUUAGUGUUUUUCUUUCUCUAAAUUAUUAUUAUUAUUAUUAUAUUAUAUAAUUUGUUUAAUUUUUAAUUUGGAUGUCUAUUAAUCUUGAUGCGUGUGAGACGAGACUAGAUUAACUUGAAUUAACUCGUUUACCGUGUGUCGUGAUGUUGUUGGUUCAAUGGUUCUGGCCAGAGAGAGGGUGGUCCAGGCGAGGAAAUUGAUUGUGUAGCUUUUCUUGUCUGGGUUUUUAAUAAAUUGAAUGAGGUGUUGUAAUUCUAGUCGUGUCAAGCUUUUAAUAAAUUGUUUCUUUUUGGUGAA